AUGGAUAGCAAUAAUAUAGUUUGGAAGAGGAAGUAUGUGUUUGCAAUGAUGUUGAGCACAUUAUGCAUGAUAUGCAGUUGUUGCAACGAGAGAGAUAAAGAAAUCCUGUUGAAGUUCAAAGAAGGAGUCACUGACUCAUCGGGAUUCCUAUCUUCAUGGCAGCAGGAGCAAGAUUGCUGCCAGUGGAAGGGAGUCACCUGUCACAACAUCACUACCAGAGUCAUACACCUCGCUCUCGAGUGUGAUUAUUAUGAUGCUGAAGAAGAUGAAGAAUAUAACUCGCAGAAAUGCCUUGCAGGUGACAUCAAUCUCUCUCUGUUAGACAUGGAAUACUUACAACAGUUGGAUCUGAGUAUGAAUGACUUUACAACUAUCUCAUCUGAUUCCACUGUCAACUCUUCAACUCUUAAUUUCAUUAAUCUAUCAUACAACGAAAACCUUUUUAUUCACAACCUUGAGUGGCUCUCUCGCUUUUCCUCCUUGGAAUACAUACACCUUGGUUACACAAAUCUUCACAGGGAAACUAACUGGCUUCGCUGGGUGACGGUGCUUCCGUCAUUGGUGGAGAUCUCCUUAGAGAGCUGUAAACUUGAAGACAUAAGUCCAUCUCUUGAAUAUGCUAAUUUUAGCACAUCACUCCAGUAUAUUGAUCUUGCCGAUAAUUCUUUUCACUCAGAGUUGCCUAAAUGGAUAUUCAAUCUUAGCUCUAGUGUCCUUUCUAUUGACCUUUCAAGUAAUCAUUUUAUAGGCCAGCUACCAAAUAAGUUGCCAAAUCUUCAUUCUUUGACUAGUCUUGCAUUGCAAGAUAAUUACUUAAAUGGCUCAAUUCCACAUUGGAUAGGCCAACUUCAGUAUCUUACCACCCUUUACAUUUUUGACAACUAUUUUUCUGGAUUUCUUCCUUUAAAUUUGGGAAAUUUGUCAUCCCUAGAAAACUUCGUGGCCAUAGGAAAUCUCUUCACAGGUGUUGUGUCUGAAAGAAAUUUUGCAAAACAGAAAAAUUUAAAAUUCUUGUCUUUGGGAUCUCCAACCAUCACGUUUGAUUUUGAUCCCCACUGGAUACCGCCUUUCCAACUUGAAGCGCUGCACCUUGGAGAACUGCACCCUACACUUCCUCAAUGGUUAUACACACAGACAUCUCUCAGUACACUUUUCAUUCGAAACUCAAAGUUCUUGUCUGAAGCUGCUGACAAUAACAACUUUUGGAGCUUUGCAUCCACAAUUCAGACACUCAAUUUGUACAACAACACCAUAGAAGGGGACUUAUCAGAAGUGUUGCUGAAUUCUAGCUUUAUCACUCUGUUAUCAAAUAAUUUGAAAGGUGGUCUACCUCAGCUCUCCUCCAAUGUUGUUUUCUUCCAGCUAACCAACAGUUCUCUAUCAGGAUCUAUCUCCCAUCUCUUGUGCCAUAACAAGAAAAGCAACAAUAAAUUGCAGUACUUGGACAUCUCUGAUAAAUAA